UUCUGCCCCCGGGUUUAUUGUGGUUUUGCAAUUUCUUGUUCCCAGUAGUUCUUCGCACUCGCUGCCAAGUCCGAACCCGCGCGAGUACAAUUUCAUAGAGAGAAUCCAAUGAGUUUCUCAGAAAGAGUAAACUAGAGAAAAUGGACCGGGUCCCUGCGGCAAACGACCUCUCCUUCCGGGUCGGGUUCACCGGGCACAGUGGCCACCUGCGGAUUGAACCUCUCCCUCCUGUUGAACGCCCCAGUCCUCUCCACUCUCUCCCCGAUUUCAUUCUCCCGCCAGCAUUCCCUAAGGAAACACCAGAAACAAUAAAGGAGCAUAUAAAGGAGAAAUAUUUACUUCCCAGGUUGGAUGAAGAUGCUUUUUCUCCGCAGAAAGCUGGUAGACAAUGGGAAUUUGACUGGUUUGACAGAGCUGAAAUUCAGCUGGAGCCAUCAAUUCCGCGGACUGUAAUUGUUCCAUCUUGGCAAAUGCCUUCAAAGCGGAACAAAUACAAAUCAGCGUUGGAUAGGUGGGAGCCUGAGUCGGUGGAGGUGGAUGUAUCAGAAUUGACAGUAGGGGCUGAGGAUUCUGGUGCUUUGCCACGUAUAGUUGGCCCUGCAAAGGAUUUUGUCAGAGGAAGUAUCAAUAAUCGUCCCUUUCGCCCAGGUGGGCUGGGUAAGACUGAUUCUUUAGAGAAGAUUCUACCUGAUGGUGCUUGCAAUGGUGAAUGGGCACUUGAGCUUCUCCAUGGGGGUCCAGCACAAGUCAUUCCCCCAGGCUUUAGAGAUGGACUGGAUCUAGGUCAGCUUGAGGCUCAUUCUUACACGUGGAAUGUUUAUGAGGAAACAAGUUUGAACAAGAGCACGUCAGAUGUGAAUCUGAACGAGAUAUCGGUGCAGUUCGAUGACUUGUUCAACAAAGCUUGGGAAGAUGAUGUCAUGAACUUCAUGGAAGACGGUCAUGUGCCGGAGUCAGAACCUCAGAUGGAGUCUGCCCAUGAAUUUCUUCAAAUAAAAACAAAAGAAGAAGAGUUACAUGCAGUUGAUGAUGUUAUCAAGAAAGAAUCAAUUCUAGAUGAAAUUUUGUCUCUUGGCUCUCCAGACUCGAAACCAAGAUUGGAUGGAGAUACGAAUAUCAGCGGGGAACAGCAGAAAGAGGGUUGGGCUCUUAGUGGUGGCAGUGAAGGAAUUGCAGAACGGUUCCAUGAACUUGUUCCUGAUAUGGCGCUUAAUUUUCCUUUCGAACUUGAUCCUUUCCAAAAGGAGGCCAUAUUUUAUCUUGAAAGAGGGGAUUCUGUUUUUGUGGCAGCUCAUACAUCAGCUGGAAAGACAGUUGUCGCAGAAUAUGCAUUUGCUCUGGCUUCAAAACACUGCACAAGAGCUGUAUAUACUGCUCCUAUUAAGACCAUCAGCAAUCAGAAGUACAGAGAUUUUUGUGGAAAAUUUGAUGUUGGCCUGCUCACUGGUGAUGUUAGCUUGAGGCCCGAGGCCUCCUGUCUCAUCAUGACCACUGAAAUAUUAAGAUCAAUGCUCUAUAGGGGUGCUGAUAUCAUACGCGACAUAGAAUGGGUUAUAUUUGAUGAAGUGCAUUAUGUUAAUGAUGUCGAAAGAGGUGUGGUUUGGGAAGAAGUUAUCAUCAUGCUUCCUAGGCAUAUCAAUUUCGUGCUACUUUCAGCCACGGUACCAAACACAAUUGAAUUUGCUGAUUGGAUUGGUAGGACAAAGCAAAAGCAAAUUCGUGUUACUGGGACAACCAAAAGACCAGUACCCCUGGAGCACUGCCUUUUCUACUCCGGAGAGCUUUAUAAAAUUUGUGAAAAUGAAAAGAUUAUCCCUCAGGGGUUAAAAGCUGCCAAAGAUGCACACAAGAAGAAGAACUCAGUCACGGUGACUGGCACAGGAUCUCAUUCUGGGGGGACAGCAUCCAAUGAUAGAACCAGGAAUCAGAGACGUGAAAAUUCUUUUCAUGCAAAACAGAACAAGCAUUCUGGAUUCCAGAACAUGAUAGACUCCUCUGGGGCUAAUCGGGGGACUCAAACCAGUGGUAGUAACAAUUGGGGUUCGAGGAGAUCAGAAGCUUCCAUAUGGUUGUCGCUUAUAAAUAAGCUCUCAAAGAGAUCUCUGUUACCUGUGGUUAUAUUCUGCUUUUCGAAGAACCGCUGUGAUAAAUCAGCUGACAACUUGACUGGGACUGACCUCACAACUAGCUCUGAGAAAAGUGAAAUUCGUGUCUUUUGUGAUAAAGCAUUUUCAAGGCUCAAAGGAUCAGACAGAAAUCUGCCACAGGUUGUUAGAGUUCAGGGACUUCUCAGGAGAGGAAUUGGUGUACACCAUGCAGGGCUUCUUCCAAUUGUCAAGGAAGUUGUCGAAAUGCUUUUUUGUCGUGGUGUAGUCAAGAUUCUGUUCUCAACGGAGACAUUUGCGAUGGGAGUGAAUGCUCCAGCUAGGACGGUUGUCUUUGAUUCUUUAAGGAAAUUUGAUGGCAAAGAAUUUCGGGGAUUACUGCCCGGUGAAUAUACCCAGAUGGCUGGUCGUGCGGGCAGGAGAGGACUUGAUAAAAUUGGUACGGUUGUUGUUCUGUGCCGUGAUGAAAUUCCUGAAGAGAAGGAUUUGAAACAUGUUAUAGUUGGUAGUGCAACUCGGCUUGAAUCUCAGUUUCGACUCACCUAUAUUAUGAUCUUGCAUCUGCUUCGUGUUGAAGAAUUAAAGGUGGAAGACAUGCUCAAAAGAAGUUUUGCAGAAUUUCAUGCUCAGAAGAAACUUCCAGAGAAAGAACAACUUCUGAUGCGAAAGCUUGCUCAACCUAGAAAAAAUAUUGAAUGCAUAAAGGGCGAACCAGAAAUAGAGGAUUAUUACGAGAUGUACUCAGAGGCUGAAAGGUAUAGCAACAAGAUCACAGAGGGAAUCAUGCUGUCCCCAGUUUCCCAACAAUAUCUGACACCGGGAAGGGUGGUUGUGGUGAAAGCACAACUGGCCCAAGAUCACUUACUAGGAGUCAUUGUGAAAUCGCCUUCAGCUAAUUAUAAGCAAUACAUAGUCUUGGUGCUGGCUCCUGAAUUGCCUUCAAUGUUGAAGACUUCAUCCGAUGGUAGAGAGAAAAACAGUGCUGAUUUCCAAGUAUUAGUACCAAAAUCAAAACGUGGCUUGGAAGACGAUUAUUAUUCUUCAGUCACAUCCCGCAGAGGAUCUGGUAUUGUCAAUAUAAAAUUACCUCACCGUGGUUCUGCUGCAGGAGUGAAUUAUGAGGUUAGAGGGGUUGAGAAUAAUGAGUUCUUAUCGAUAUGUAACUGCAAAAUAAGGAUAGAUCAAGUUCGGCUACUUGAAGAUGUUAGUGCUGGUGCCUAUUCAAAUACAGUGCAGCAGUUGUUGACUCUGAAGUCUGAUGGAAAUAAGUAUCCGCCAGCUCUGGAUCCUGUGAAAGAUUUGAAGCUGAGAGACAUAAAGGUUGUUGAAGAUUAUUACAAAUGGACUAACUUAUUGCAGAAGAUGGCACAAAGUAAGUGCCAUGGUUGUGUCAAACUGGAGGAAAACAUUAUUUUAGCUCGGGAAUUGAAACGACAUAGGGAGGAAGUGAAUGCUCUUAAAUUUCAAAUGUCAGAUGAAGCACUUCAGCAGAUGCCCGACUUCCAGGGUCGGAUUGAUGUUUUGAAGGAAAUUGGAUGUAUAGAUUCUGAUCUUGUAGUGCAAGUUAAAGGUCGUGUUGCCUGUGAAAUGAAUUCCGGGGAGGAGUUGAUAUGUACAGAGUGCUUAUUUGAGAAUCAACUGAAUGAUUUGGAACCAGAAGAAGCUGUGGCAAUAAUGUCCGCCUUUGUCUUUCAGCAGAAGAGCACUUCUGAACCUUCUCUUACACCAAAGCUCUCUCAAGCUAAAAAGAGAUUGUACGAUACGGCAAUAAGACUUGGAGAGCUUCAGGCAAAAUUCAAAUUGCAGGUUGAUCCUCAGGAAUAUGCCCAAGAGAAUCUUAAGUUUGGUCUAGUUGAAGUUGUAUAUGAAUGGGCAAAGGGUACCCCAUUUGCUGAUAUAUGUGAACUUACCGAUGUUCCUGAAGGCAUGAUUGUCAGGACGAUAGUAAGGUUGGACGAAACAUGCCGUGAAUUCAGAAAUGCAGCAGCAAUCAUGGGUAAUUCUGCUCUUUACAAGAAAAUGGAAACUGCUUCUAAUGCAAUAAAGAGGGAUAUUGUUUUUGCUGCGAGCUUGUACAUUACGGGCGUUUAGUUCUAUCCAAGUCCAAAGGCAUUGGUUCAUGCGAAUUCUAAUAUUAGCUAUUUGUUGUACACUAUGAAUGCUUUUGCUAAGUUCGUGCAAAGUGAGACUUCUUUUAUCAUGUGAAAAAUAUUUUUUAAGUUUGAGAGAACAGGGAAAGAAAUAUUAGCUCUUUGACGGAGAUGUUCUAAUUUUUGUGCUAUUAAAUUGGAUUACUUUUCUGGAGAAA